UAUAUACCCACCAACCCUGACUCUAUUUUCCGCCGCUGAAGCAUCCGACGCGUCACGCCGCUCAAGUCUCCACGGCCGACGCCGUCACGCCGCACAAGUCUCCACAGCCACAGCCGACGCCGCUCAAGUCUCCACAGCCACAGCCGCCUCGUUCAGGCUCAUUGGUGAGGUUUUCGUGGACGUACCUACUAGCGCAUGCAGUACAAUCGCCGUUUUGUCACUGCUGCUGAGUGCGUGAUUCGUGGUUGUGUUCCCAAAAAGAUUUUGGUUUACGGAGCUUCUUUUGGAGGUGAAAUUGAGUUUUUUCAACUGUGUUGUGUGGGUGUUUCACCAUGUCAACUCAAAACUCUUUACCUUGCAAAAGAAAGAGCUUAGAAGAGGAGAUCAAUCAAUAUUCCGAGUCAUCAAAAAAAAUAUCGAUUGCGAGUUCCCAAAUGCAAUCUCCUCCUGAUGAAAGUAACCAAAUGCAAUCUCCUAUUGAUGAAAGUAACGAACCAAUGCCUGCAGAUAGUCCUUGUUUAAGCCCUCUCCAGAUUUCCCCUGAUGAUGCUUGGGGUACUGGAAUUGGAAGGUCUAAGUCAGUUGUAUGGCUACAUUUCAAGAAAGUAAAAGUUGAUGGCAAGGAUAAGGCGGAGUGUAACUAUUGUCAUAAACAGCUUGUUGGUGGUUCUAAAAAUGGGACAAAGCAUUUGCAUGAUCAUCUUAGAAUUUGUCCAAGGCGAAAGUACCAAGAUAAAACACAAAAGACAGUAACCAGUUACCAUUUUGAUCAAGAGGCGCCGAGAAAGGACCUUGCAAAUAUGAUUAUCUCCCCUGUCAACGUGGCACUCCCUGUCGAUGCAGGUGUCAAGUCUCCACCACUUGCUUUCCCAAUCAGCCAGCCGCCUCCAUGCCAUUUCCGAUCACUCGCCACUGUGACCACCGACAAGUCCACUCCCUCUGCAUCUCUUGACCUCAAAGCUACCAAAGGAAUGAGUGAGUUUCAUGAUGUUGAGCUCAAAGUCCGGGAUUAUGAGUUGGACCAAUAUGGAGUUGUGAGUAAUGCUGUCUAUGCAAGUUAUUGUCAACAUGGUCGUCAUGAGCUUUUGGAAAGGAUUGGUAUCGAUUGUGAUGCAGUUGCCCGCACUGGUGAUGCAUUGGCCCUAUCAGAGUUGUCACUCAAAUUCCUUUCACCUCUAAGAAGUGGAGAUAAGUUUGUUGUGAAGGUGAGGAUCUAUGACUCAUCAGCAGCUCGCUUAUACUUUGAGCACUUCAUCUUUAAGCUGCCAAAUGAAGAGCCUAUUUUGGAGGCCAAGGCCACAGCAGUUUGGCUCGACAAAAAUUAUCGCCUUGUCUGUAUUCCACCUGAGAUGAGAUGUAAAUUUGUUCAGUUCCUUCACCAUGAAGAUUCUAACUGAUUUAAUUACAACGAGAACUUUUUCAACAAAAUUCUUACCCGCCGAACCGACAGUACAUUUCCCUCACAAUAUAGCUUUUGCAGCUUCAUAUUAAGUCUUGGACUCUACAAAACUAAUCAUACUUGUUCAGCAAUAUCUGACAAAUUUCUUGGGAUAAAAAAAAAAGGGGUGGCGGAAGAAAUGAUCGGCCAUGAUUUGAGGAUUUUAAGAGAUUGAUUCUUCAACCUUAAGUUGAUUUUGACAUCAUCCUCCUGGAGCUCAAAUGCUUACAUACCCUCUUGUAGUUGUUUCCUUUGAAAUUGUUUACACUUGUGUACAUAAUUAUGCAAGAGAUUCCACUUAACUGUUGUUAGCUGUGUUUGGCAGUGUGAGAUUAUUUUUACUGAAAGUAGCUCUUUUUGGUUCAAUUUUUUCAUACAAAUUGUGUGAUAGGAACCAUUCUUGAUAACUCAACAAUUGGGUGAGGCCAUGAGUCUUUCAUGGGUUUAGAUAGAACUCUCGGAUGAUUGGCUUGUCAAGGGAGGGUGUUCAAGUCCUUAUAACCCAUAUGCCCACACCUUUCACUUCUAAUAUAGGAUCCCAAUAUUCCAUCACGCUUUCGUAACUGACGUCAAUGUCGGCCUCUUUAUCCCCGUCAACCUCUUUAUCUCUUGGGUGACUACGAAGAUCCAUUUUCCCUCGAGCCUCUAUGCCCUUUCUCAGGGUAGUAGUUCAGGCCCAAGGUCAACUGGCCACGUGUGUGCAGGAUGUCAAUUGAUAGGAUCAUGCUUUAAUACCAAUUGAUAGGAACGUACUUGAAUAACUUAACAAUUGGGUUGGGUUAUGAGUCUUUCAUGGGUUUGAAUAGAAUUCUUCUUGGAAAAUCGGUUUGUCAAGGGAGGGUGUCCAAGCCUUUAUAACCCAUAUGCUCACCCCAUUCCCUUCCGACUCAUCUAAAAACUCAAACAAUUGGGCUGGACAGUGGGUCUUUUAUGAGUUUGGACAAAACUCUCUUUAGAAAACUGGUUUGUCAAGGGAUGAUGCUUAAGCCUUUUAUAAUCCACAUGCCCCCUUUUUUCUCUUCCUACGUGAGAUCUUAACAUUGUGCUUGUUAAGUUGAUAUUUAAUUAUCUUUGCAUAAUGA